GAAUUUCUACGUCAGGGCUGAGGAGCCUGAGGUGAGGUGAGGUGAGGCUGGAGGUGACUUGGAUCAUACACUGGAGCCAAGCGCCCCCUUUUCUUAGCAAGGCCUGUUUUUAUUGUUAGUUGCCGACGUAGCCCCUCUGAAGCCUGUCCUCGACCGCUGUCUUUCAGAGGCAUUAGCUGGCGUGUCUCUGGUGAUCGCGUCUGAGCCCCGUGCUCAUAGUGUUCGGAUGGAAGAUGGACGAGGGAACGGUGCGGAGUGGCCGCUGAGGGACGGACUAGCUGCCCCCCCGAUGGCUAUUUCCUGUCUCUGACUUCUCCGAUUCCCUGAUAACGCUUCCCCAGGCUAAGCAGCAGGCAGAGGGCAAAGCAGACGGAGCUGAGGAAAAGCAGACAGAGAGGCAGGAAGAGAUCGGAGCAGGUUUCACUCAGGGCUAGCGUCAGCCAGGCAAGGACCGCAGGGACGGCUGGAAGACAGGUUCAGAGGGCAACUCAGUUGAUGGAACCACAAGAGGCCAAAUGGAAGAAGGGCCAGUCAACUAUGUUGAAGAAAGAAGGUUGAACGAAGGCCAGCGGCUCAGCGUGGUGAAUGGCGGGAGCCAGCAGGCCGGGGCAGGUGCCAUGCUAAUGGAAGCGAGUGGGUGGCUCGGCAGCCCACCAGUGGCCCCCACCUCCAGCGAGAAGGUCAAGUGGGAGCGGGCACCAGUGCCGGCCCCAGGCCCGGGGGACACCGGCAGCAAUGCUAACCUGGAGGAUGCACGGAACCUGGUGGCUUUCUCGGCGGUGGCCGAGGCCAUGUCUUCCUACGGGAUGCCGGCCUCAGGGUCCCCAUCACUGCUGAGCAUGCAACUGUACGAGAAGUUCAAUUCUGAGAUGAGCCGAGGAGGGGUGGGAAAGCCCACGCUGCCCCCGUCCCCCGAUGGUGUCACCCGCGGCGAGGACCUGAAGGCACUCAAGGCUGCCCUGACCCUGGCCAAGCACGGCAUGAAACCCCCCAACUGCAACUGCGAUGGCCCCGAGUGCCCCGACUACCUGGAGUGGCUGGAGCAGAAGAUCAAGUCAGCCAUCGGGGACGAGCAGAGCCCACGGUCCCAGCAUGUCAGUGAAGCCCACCAGCUCCCAGACCAAGGUGCUAUUCUUAACCAGGUGCCUGCAACAGAGGAGGUGCUAAAGCCAUGCCCUUCUGACAGCCUCCCCUUUUCCCCAAGUGCACUGAGCAUCGCCAAGGAAAAGAACAUUAGUCUCCAGACAGCCAUUGCCAUCGAGGCCCUCACCCAGCUGUCAUCCACCCUCCCCCAGCCAGCCAGAGAGGUGCCGGCCACUUCCGACAGCCCCUUGCCACCUGCAGUGUUCGCCUCCAAGGACCAGCUGGUGCGGGCAUCUCCCUUCUGCCCUGAUGAAGCCCGGGGACUGGCCACCCCCAGCAGGGAACGGUCUCCGAGCCAAGCAGCACCCCCCUAUGGAGGGCAGAAGGUGUUCCAGGCACCACUAUCCCUGGCACAGCCUCCAUGGCCAGCCGAGGAUGCCCGCUGCCUCCUAGAGCGCAGCACCCUCCGGGAGUCUGCGGGUCUCUUCCCCACCUCCACUUCCACCCCGCCGAAGCCUGAGUUCCCUGAGCCAUGGGGUGAGGAGGCGAAGACGAAGAACAGCUUGUGGGCUCUGGACUCCACCCCACCAGCCAGCGACCCCAUGGCUGAGCUGGAGCAGCUGCUGGGCAACACUGACGAUUACAUCAAGUCGGUGUUCAAGCGGCCAGAAGUAAUGCCCAACAAGGCAAAAGCCAUCAAGCUGAAACAGGAGCCGCCUGACCCGGCCCUGAAGAAGGAGUCCGGGGCUGGCUACCCCAAGCCAGUCACUGGCCAGCACUUAUCCCAGCUGCUGCAAGAUGCGGAUUUUCACAAGAAGACCCAGCUGGUGCUGCAGCAGCACCUGCAUCACAAGCGUAGCCUCUUCCUCGACCAGAACCUGUCACAGCCAGGCCCACCGGAGCCGCCGCCCCACUGGUGGGCCCCUGGCUCCCCAGCCCUGGUGUCCAAGCCAUCCGAGAAGCAGGCCAAAGAGAAGAAGAAGAAGGUGCAGCCAGACAAGGCACCCCAGAUAAAACUAUUCCGCAAGCAAGUCCAGAUCAAGAAGCCCAAGCAGAAAGACUCUCAACCACUCUUCCUGCCCCUGCGGCAGAUCAGCCUCGAAGGCUUCCGCGUGGCCCCUGCCCCCGAGCCCCCCGUGGAAGAGAUGCAGACUGAGCCGCAGCCACCCAGCACCCCCCUCAGGCCGCUGCCUUUUGCACUACCCGUUUCUGGUGCUGCCGCUGCGCUGUCUCCGCUGCAUAAGCUACUUGGCGACGGAGGAGGCCAGGCGCCUGACUCUCAGGGAAGGUGCGCUCCCGGCCAUGGCAGCCCGGAGGAGAGCCAUUGUCAGGGGCUGGCGGGCCAGCCUGCUCUGUCCGGUGCUCCAGUUGCCAGCUCGGCGCCCUGCUGCAUGACCACCACCUCCGGUCCUGGGCCGGAUGAAGCUGCCCACAAGCCCUUACCCCCAGGCGAACCCCAGAACUCCAUCACGGUGGACGACAAACUGGAGGAACUGAUUCGGCAAUUUGAGGCAGAGUUUGGGGAGAACUUCAACCUGCAGAAUCCCGAGCUCCCGGCUCCGGUGGCUGAUGGGUUGCAGGCCCAGCCUCCCUGCCACACAUGUUCUCAGACCCCGGAGCUGCCAGGAGGCUCUGACGCAGCCCCCCAAGUGCCAGCCACCAAGGAGGAAGCGCCGCCCCCCACCAGUGGUCCCGACCCAGGGCUAAAAAGCUUUUCCCUCUCGCCUGGGAAGGGGCAGCAUUUGGAGAGCGCCUUUGCAGCGAGGUCGCCCAAGCAGAUAAAAAUCGAAUCUUCUGGUGCUAUAACCGUGGUGUCAACCACUUGCUUUUACUCUGAGGAAAGCCAAAACACGGAUGCCGAUGAUGUGGACGGGACCCCGACCAAGGACGACGUGCCGCUCACGCCCACCCUCAGUGGAUUCUUGGAGUCUCCGUUGAAGUACCUGGACACGCCAACUAAAAGCUUGCUGGACACCCCAGCAAAGAGGGCUCAGGCGGAGUUCCCCACCUGCGACUGCGUGGAACAAAUCGUAGAGAAGGAUGAAGGACCCUACUACACCCACCUGGGGUCAGGACCCACCGUGGCAUCCAUUAGGCAGCUCAUGGAGGAGCGGUACGGUGAGAAGGGCAAAGCCAUCAGAAUCGAGAAGGUGAUCUACACUGGGAAGGAAGGAAAGAGUUCACGGGGCUGCCCUAUCGCCAAGUGGGUGAUCAGGAGGCACAACCAAGAGGAGAAGCUGCUGUGCUUGGUCCGGCACCGGGCUGGUCACCACUGCCAGAAUGCUGUCAUCAUCAUCCUCAUCCUGGCCUGGGAAGGCAUCCCCCGCACCCUGGGUGACACGCUGUACCAGGAGCUCACUGACACACUCACCAAGUAUGGGAACCCCACAACCCGCCGCUGCGGCCUGAAUGACGAUCGAACCUGCGCUUGUCAAGGCAAGGACCCCAAUACCUGUGGUGCUUCUUUCUCCUUUGGCUGCUCCUGGAGCAUGUAUUUCAACGGAUGCAAAUAUGCUCGAAGCAAAACUCCCAGGAAGUUCCGUCUGGUGGGGGACAAUCCCAAAGAGGAAGAGCUGCUUCGGAAGAGCUUUCAGGACCUGGCCACGGAAGUUGCCCCACUUUACCGGAGGCUGGCGCCACAGGCCUACCAGAAUCAGGUCACCAACGAGGAUAUAGCAAUAGACUGUCGGCUUGGCCUGAAAGAAGGACGGCCCUUCUCCGGGGUGACAGCAUGCAUGGACUUCUGUGCUCACGCUCACAAAGAUCAGCAUAACCUCUACAACGGAUGCACUGUGGUGUGCACCCUAACAAAGGAAGACAAUCGCAUCGUCGGGAAGAUCCCCGAGGAUGAGCAGCUGCACGUGCUUCCGCUGUACAAGAUGUCCACCACAGAUGAGUUUGGCAGUGAGGAGAACCAGAUCGCCAAGGUGGGCAGUGGCGCCAUCCAGGUUCUCACUUCCUUCCCCCGCGAGGUGCGCAAGCUGCCUGAGCCCGCCAAGUCCUGCCGGCAACGGCAGCUGGAAGCCAAGAAGGCGGCAGCAGAGAAGAAGAAGCUGCAGAAGGAGAAGCUGAUCACGCCUGAGAAGAUCAAGCAGGAAGUGCUUGAGCUCCCGGUGCUCCAGCAGAACGCAGGUCUAGCACUGAAGAGCGGUCUCCCCCAGCAGCCAAUCAGACCUUCCCUGCAAGUGGAUCCACAGCCACAUUACAACACCUUCAAGUACAACGGCAACGCGGUGGUGGAGAGCUACUCGGUGCUGGGGAGCUGCCGGCCCUCGGACCCGUACAGCAUGAACAGUGUUUACUCCUACCAUUCUUACUAUGCACAGCCAAAUCUGCCUUCCAUGAACGGGUUCCAUUCCAAGUUCACACUCCCCUCCUUCAGGUACUACGGCUUCUCCAGCAGCCCCAUGUUCCCCUCACAGUUCCUUGGCUACGGUUCUGCUGAGCAGGCCAGCACCUGGGUGGGCGGCAGCUACGACAAGAAACCCGACGUCCAGGCGCUGCCGGAGAACCUGAGCCACGCGUACCGGAGUGCAGACUUCCCUGAGCCCAUGCCUCACGUUGUGCGCAGUAAGAGCCACCACCAGCGGACGUACGAGCGAGCCAACCGCUACACCUCCCAGAAGGCGGUGACAGCGCCCCACCGGACCCACUCGGUGGCAGAGGAAGCCCCACCAUUUGCCCCCAGUGCCACCUGCUUCAACAGCCGGGCAAUCAAGCAAGAACCUGCGGACUCCCUCUCCCAUCUGGAGUCUGUGCAAAGUCCUGGCCUGAGCUUGUCAGGGGUCCCCCUGUCGUCACAGAAUGGCGUGCCGGACCGGCAGUGGAGCCCCUACCCGGCCCGCAGAAAUGGGUCUCCUUCUGACAGGACUAGUAACGCAGAGGGCUUGUGGAGCAUGUAUCCACCUGGCGACGGCCCCUCCUUACCUGGUGUGGGCACACACGACAAGCUGAGCUCGCCCUUCGGCCCCCACGCCAAUGCAGCCAGGCCACCCACCACGCCCAUCCCUGAGAAGCCAUGGAGCUUGUUCUCGAGCGACGGACCUGCCACUCAGCCCGGCCCUGGCCCAGCGGGGAAAGCGUGGAGUCCUUGCAAAGCCAACGAGAGCAGUCUGGGCUUGGGGGCUGCGGCUCUGCCGGAGAAGCCCUGGGCCCUCGGGCAACUGGGCUUCAGUGCCGCCCUCAAAGGCAGUGCCGGGUUUCCAGAUGAGGCAUGGCCCGGGGCCAAAGGGGAGGAGCGACGGACACCUACACCCAGCGUGGGGCUGCAUGAGAAGCUGUGGGAGCCCUUUGGCUCGCCGGCCCAUGGGGCCCUGGGCUCUUGCCUAGAGAAGCCGCUGGAGGCCCUGAAGGCUGAGGCCGGCACGCAUGUGCCUGGCCUGGGUGGCCAGGAGAAGCCAUGGGACCCCUUCAGCCUGGACGAUAGCAUGGAGGAGCUGCAGGAGAAGAGCAUCAAGGAGGAGGAGGAGGAGGCGGAGGAGGAGGAGGAGGAGUGGUCGGACAGCGAACACAACUUCCUGGACGAGAACAUUGGGGGUGUGGCAGUGGCGCCAGCCCACGGCUCCAUCCUGAUUGAGUGCGCGCGGCGGGAGCUGCAUGCCACCACACCGCUAAAGAAGCCCAACCGGUGCCACCCAACGCGCAUCUCCCUCGUGUUCUACCAACACAAGAACCUGAACCAGCCUAACCACGGCCUGGCCCUGUGGGAAGCCAAGAUGAAGCAGCUGGCGGAGCGGGCGCGGGCGAGGCAGGAGGAGGCAGCCCGCCUUGGGCUGCAGCAGGAAGCCAAGCCCUUCGGGAAGAAGCGCAAGUGGGGGGGCUCCCCGGCCAUGGAGCCCCAACACAAGGAGAAGAAAGACUACAUCCCCACUCGGCAGGCGGUGGCCAUCCCGACAAACUCUGCUAUCACUGUGUCCUCCUAUGCCUAUACGAAGGUAACUGGACCAUACAGUCGCUGGAUAUGAAAGGAGUACAGCUCACAUGGCCAUCUUACCUCAACGUCAGCGGCGCCAGAAGACGGCGCCGCUUUGUGGUGCUUUCCCCUUGUGCAUGUGAGAGGGGGGGAACAAACAGAAAUCAGCUCAAGUGCAACCCUUUCGACAAGCUGCACUUUGAGAGGAGCUAACAAGAAAAAAAAGAGCAAGCAAGAGAUGUUGCUGUUCACCUUUUUCAGUAACCUACUAUUUAUAUCUGCGUUUUUUUAAUCUAUCCUUGUACAUCACAAGAAUGGAAAGAGAAGUUUAUAGUGUCCUUUCACAAAGGAGAGGUUUUUAAUUCCAUUUAAGAUAAUGUAUUUAUUGGAUUUUUUUUUUAAGACAACCGUGAAGCCGCUCGUCAGAAAUAAAGCAAACGCAAAAAUGACCCAGAAAAUAAUGAACCAGCUUGAAGAAACCACAACAGAAAAACAAAACAAGCCCUGUGAACAGUUCGCUCACGGUAAGGCUGCCGGGAAUCUCAGCUUGGAGGCCACCCAGAAAAGCGUGUCACAGUGUCCAGCGGGAACCCCACCGCCGAGUUCUCUUUCUUGUGGAUGCCAAGACCCUUUGGGGCAGAGGCAAGGCUGAGAGGCACACGGAGACCCCUUCCUGGCCCGGUAACGGCUUCCCCCUUGGACGCAAAUGCUGGGGCUUCACACGUGCCAUGCCUAACAGAGGCGUGUUCCAGUCAUGGCUCGCAUGGAGCUCCUGCAUAUGGGGAUAGGGCCAGAUUCUCGAGCCAGGGGACAGCCAGCUCGGUAUGAUUCGCCCCUGCACCAGCCCAGAAGCGUGACCCUCCGCUGGGGGUGCGAAUUUCACCCCAGGGUGGGGAGGAAAGGACAAUCAGGCCUAGGGCCAUCGCAGCGAUGUAAGUGAAAUCAGAAGAAGACCCGGCCUCAGCUCACGAGAGAUUCUUUUACUUGAAUACAUUCUAACCCAGGUUGAAAGCAAGACCAAAUGAUCCAGGCCAGGUCGUCUUCACGCCGAGGGGUCGACUGGCGUUUUGGGGACCUGCCGCUGGCUCACAAGCGCUGGAGAGGACCAUGGGGUUCUCACGCCUAUGAUGUUGGGAGCCUGUUCCCACGUGACUUUGGGAACCAACCCUCCCGUGGUCGGUGGCAGCCAGCGAGGGCCGAGAUAAGGAGGGGGCUCCUGUCUCGUGAAGAACCCAGGAGAGACUGUGAAUCGUGUGCGUUGCUCUGUGGCUGGCGCUGUCGCUGCAUCUGGUGCUUUUGGUUUCUCGGGGACAUUUUGGGAGGAGGGAAGAGCACACAGCCGCCUUCAGCCUGCGGCCUUCCAUGGUGCAUAUGGCCGCCUCCCGAGGGCAGCCCCGUGGCGCGUCGACGCCUUCCCAUGCAGCGACCGGCAUCAGCGGUGCUUCUCGGCGCAGCGGUCCUUUUUUUCUGGUGCCAUUUUUUUAAUCGCGAUCGUCACGAUGACGACGGCAACACGCGUGGUGCUUUUCUAACAACCUGAACCGUGACUCUGGCUUCCUUCAGCUCCCUCCAGCAGGUGGAACUGUCGGGGGCGGGGUGGGGAACGGCUUUGAAUUCGAAACUGGCUAUUGAGUGAGGCUGGGUGGAGAGGUCAUUCCCUCGGGCUAGAGCCGAGUUGGCUCAGAGAGGCUGGGAUGCCUGUGGUGAGAGCGGGAAUCCCAUGGAAGUGGCCCCCAGAGAUGCAGGGUGAAAAUCAUCCCGUGCAGGGACCCUGCCCAGUGGCUGGGCAUUGCUGGCCUCCCGGACCCAGGUCCUUAGAGGUGCCGAGGGGACCUGCUCCAAUGGGAAGCGAUGGGGCUUGGGCAGGUCGGUACCUCUACGGCAUGAAUCCGCCCUGUGAUUUCACAGGAGCUUCCGGGAUGCAUGCCAGCGGAGGUCCCCAGUGUGGUCUCUGCAUGUGGGUGGAUUUCAUUCUGCAGGGAAGCGGAGCCUGGAGAGAAACAAUGACGUCCCUCAGGCCUCACAGGUGCUAUCUGCCCCCCCCCGCCCCCCUCCCAGAAGUCGCUGGCAGCACUGACCUCGGCGGGAGCGGGAUGGAGCCCCGUCGCUGCCGUUCCCUUGGGCCCAGAUCGUGGAAGCAGAUGCCCGGUUCUUCAUAUGCGUGGUCCCGAGAUCUCUGCGGCUGUUCCUGGGCGGUGGGAGGGCCAGUGGGUCAGAAGAGAUGCGCAACUGGACAACAAGACUCAGUCAUAAUCCUGCACUCUCAGGUGCCUUUUGGAGAGAGAGAGAGAGAGAGAGAGAGGAAGAGAAAGAGAGAGAGAGAGAGAGAGAGAGAGAGAGCUGAACAUGUAACCGUGCAUAACAUUUUGUUUACUGUAAACCUUGUUUCUCGCGCACUGGCACAGAAUAACAGGAUCUCUGUAAAACAUCCUGAACGUUCACGUGGUCUGAUUUUAAACUGUAAAUAGUGAAAGAAUUUUUUAAAAGCACUUUCACCUAGAUUUAAAAAAAAAAAGGAAAAAAAAACCCAACAACUUGAAAGCAGUAUGUUUUAAACAGAUUAUUGUGGGAGAACUGUAAAUAGUGGCAAAAUAUUUAACAGGCUUUGUCCGUCCCUCAUGAUUAUGGUUUUUUUUUUUGUUUUGGUUUUUUUACUGUAUCCUGUAAAGAUGCAUAUAUUUGACAAGGAAAAUCGAUGAGCUAUUAUCGCUUUCUUAUAAAUACCCAAUAGCAUAUCAGGAUCAUAGAGUAAUUCCAAGUCAGAGUUAUAGGAAAGUCUCUGAACUUCGCCGUUGGAGCAAACCCAAGCACUCAGGGAGCGGAUGUUGGGUCGUAUAAACCGGCCAGGGUCGUCGCCCGAGGUGCCGCCGGUUUAUGCCAGCCGCGGAUCCGGCUCUCGGUGUCGGGGGUCCCGUCGGGUGCCAUCAGGGUGGGCGGGAGCUUUGUCGGCGACUCUGACAGGUGCCGGAUCCAGCCUGUAGUGAGCAUGCUAAUUUUUAUAGCUUUGAGGAAAUGUUGGACCUGAAUUUCUCACAAAUGGCUCUUUUUCUUUGGUUUGCCAGCAUGGCUCGUCGUAGCCUCCGCACAUCUCUGUGUUUCGUCUGACGACCGCGUCUUAGGUUGUUGCAGAGGUGCCUUGAAAGCUUUGCGUAGAUGACUUUAGAGGACAAAAAACUGGACUGUGGGUGGGGGAGAGGGAAUGGCGUGUAGUUGAAGAAUGUGAUGCUCUGUGAAUCCUGUCCGAGUCCUGCUUCUUUGUAGGUUCCUGUGUAGGAACAUGUUGAGCAGCCCACAUGUGCCCAAGAUGCGUUGUGAAUAUUCCCAUGCUUGGCCUUCAUCUGCUCAUUGGCAACAGCAAGGACAUUAGUCAGUGGAAGGGGAGAAGCGGGUUGCAGUCUGGUCUCAGGUGCCCCCCUGGAGAUCCAGGAUGAUUUCACUGGAGGCAGCAGAAUUCACUCUGGAUUUACCUGGGGGGCACUGAGGUUGGCCUCUGGAUCCCGCUGUGGGACCGGAUCCUCUGCUGGCUCCAUCAUUCUGGUUGUCCAGGCGUGGAAGCCCUGCAUUAGGAGUCAAGGGAGAAGCGGGGUCACGGUGCUACAGAAGGAGAUCUGAAUCCAGAGCAGAUUCCCCCUCUGUAGAAGGGCGGAAGGAGCGAGAGUAGAGCCCGGCUCGGCCUCCCCAGUCUCCCACAGACUCCAGAUCAGGCUGUUGCAAGCAAAAAGAAACCUUACCAGGUCCCACCAUCCCAGUUGAAAUGAGAUUUGUCCUGAGAAUGAGCCCCGUCGCAGUCUCAUGGUGUUUUGUACACUACAUCUGUAACCUACCUCAAAUCGCAGUCAUUCAAAAAUUAGCAUGCUUCAGACUUGUAGUAACAGGAUGAAAACUAUGCACAGCUCUUUACCCCUUGCUGCUCAGAGUCUGUUGAAAACAAACUCUUUGUCUUGCAUUUGAUCUGCGCUGUCCCGUGUCCCCCAUGCUGUGGCCACCGUGGCCGCUUCUAACCAUGAAAAAGCCAUUGGGAUCCAAGCAUUAAAAGACCCCAAGUUCCAAGACGAUUUGACCCCAGGGGCAGACGUGGGCUUAGAGCCAGGGUGUGAGGUUACCAAGCAUAAUCCUCUGGUGCAUCCCUAGGCUUGAGUUGGCGUCACAACCCCAACAUUUACCCCUGUUCUCCAGUUGGCCACUGCAUUUAUUAUGCCCGCUAGGUUGCCGAGACCAGGCCGGGGCAAAGCCAGAGCCAUUUGAAUUGCCUGGCCAGAUUCUGCUUGGAUUUUCCCUGAGCGAUUCCACGUGGGCCAGUCCUGAGCCAGCAUGAAGUGGGCAACAGGGUCAUGUCAGCAGACACCUACCGAGGACUUGGCCUCUGGUCUUCCGUGGACUUCCGGCCAAGAGGAGGGUCAGGCUUGUGGCUCCUGUUAUCGCAGGCCAAGGAGCCAGCUCAGUCCGUGCCUAGCUAAGCACACGUCGUUUGGCGAAGCAGGGCCCGAGUCUGGGGGUGGAUCUUGGAGGCCAGAGCUGAACACAGCCCGGCUGCCCUGUCAUGCGUCACUUGGUUGGUAACUGGGAAUCCGGGUGAGGGGGCGCACUUCCAAGAAGGCAACAGGACUUCUAUUUAUUUUCGGUGCAACGUUUGCAGCAGGUAUAACCGAUCCAUGGUGCUAGAACCACAAACAAGUCUAUAACCCUGGGGAAAUCUUGACAAAGGGCGUGACCUUCCUCCUGUCCGUGUCACACGCUGACGUCCGCAGGAGGAGGUCUUGGGCCCACGCAGGUUGUUUUAAUGGUCGCUUUCAGGCCGUUGGUCUCUUUUUCUGUCACGCUUUGCCUUGUUCCCAAGACGCAGCCGGGGGGAGAGUUGAGCUCUCCCAACCGGUGCUUAAUGUCUGCUGCUUAGAGCAGCUGGAGCUCUCGCACCCCCACGGGUACCAUCAGCGAUGUGUGUGUCCCCGAAUACAGGCCUGGCACACCAAAAACAGGAUGCCAUGCUUGGGCCCAUCAGCUGUAGCCGAUACGUGUCAGAUGCUGGCCAGAGCAGGUCACCCUGGUGCAAGGGGACAUGUCCACCACUGUAAUCCCAGAAGCCCAAAGUGGUGCCGUGGCUUUUUGUGGGCUUCUGCAUGGAGGGAUGUCGCCCCUGGUGCUUUGUAGGGAGGAAGCCAUUGCCUGCUCCUGCGGCGGCUGAGACGAUUUCUGGCGGGCCUCUGGUUUCCCGUGGAAGUCCCCCCCCCCCAGCUGCAUCCGAUAACAAGGCCAAUCUAGGAGUGAAAAACGAUGCCCGAGGUGCCUCAACUAAUGACUCUUGUCCUUUUCUUACUGGAGGGUGCUUUGUGGGCAACCUAAGGCAUAUUUUUUCUUACAUGAAAUCUUCUAAUAAAACGGUGCUAUGGUGUUUUAAUAAACUAUCAUGUUUUGCCUGAUCCCAUCUUGCCGAGGUGCUACCGAGGGGAAAAGCCCAAGCCGAGGCUUACAUGUCGUGGUCUUGGGUGACAUCUAGAAUCCCUGCCCUGGAUCUGAUGUGCAGUCAGGGUUUCUGCCAGCUGCAGCGAGAAGUGACGUUGAGGUCUAGGCUCAGAUCUUCAGCCAGUGCGAGAGGCUCCUGGGCCUGGAGAUGCAGUGCUAGGAUAGUUCUUGGUGCUGCUGUUGUCAGGUUUGUUUUUUUAUCAGGCAGGCGGUAGAUUAAGGGAGAAAUCCUGCUGGCAACAAGGAUGGGAAGGGCUCUUUCCUGUGGCUGCAUUGCCCACUGGUGAAAAUGAUGCACUAUGUGGUCCAGGCUAUCACAGUCCCCACGAGGGUGGGCCGGGCGCCACAACUCUCCAGCCCUUAUGCAAACAGAACACUGGUGCUGAAUCCACACUUUGCAGUCAUCUGAGCCAGGCAGGGGCACAACUGUCCCCCCUGCGGGAGAGCAAGAUGUUGCAUCUCUGCUGAGGGGGAGAGAAGAGGGGAAGCUUCUCUUAGGCUUUGGGGUCUUUAUUCUGAAUUCAAAUGUAGCCUUUCUUUUCCUUCCCCAUCUCACUUUGCUUUCAUACCAAUAGUAAAGAGUUGGCCAGAGCCCUCCUCCCACUCUGCCUCACCCGGUCAAGCCUCUCCACAGGCCCAUCUGCUUUUGGUGACAUCAGUCUCAAUUUGAGGUGAUCUCCAUGACUGAGACAGAGGUAGCCCAGGGGUUUCAAUUGAAGGAGACUCUUGCUGCCAACCAGCACCCAGGGCUGGAUGCUGAGUCUGGGGGGACUCCGUAGGAGUCUCUUUGUCACUCUCUGUUCACUUUGGGUCUUUGCCCCAACACUUGGUGUGAGCUGGUCAGCCAGUGACGUGGGCAGACGCUGUGUGAGCAUUGUGCAGGAUAGAUCCCUUCCCCUGAUGUCCCCCUGCUGCUUCCUUUCGGGAAAGCCCCUUUGGCCCCCUGUUGAUCGUGACUCUGCAUCUCCCUCUGGGCCGCUGGAAACCUUCCACAAAGCGUUCCACAUGUAUGUUUCGUUUGAGUGUUUUGGUGCUAUUUUUUUCACCCCUCUUCUGUCAGCUCAUGUGAUUGGACGGUCUAAACUGUACAGAAACCAGAGGUUUGUCGCAUGCACUUGUUGUUAUCCUAACCCAGCAGGAAAAUACCUCACAGACAGGAAAGCAGUGGAACAGCCUGGCAGUCGAGCAGUCUGGGCAAGGUAACUGAAUGUGUCUUAAGGAGGAGAGGAAAGAGCCAGGGGGUGCGUCUGGGAAAGCUGAUGCUGGGCUUCCCCUUGCAGAACUGUGUUGGUCUUUCUAGCUCUGUCCAUAGGUUGCUGCUUGCUCGCAUUUUGCAGGGGCUCUGGGGAACAGGAUGCAACUCCUCAAAGCACGUGCCUGAAUGCUGCAGGCCGGAUCCUCUGCUAGUACACAACGGCCCAUUUGGUUAUGGUUAUGGUCAUGGGCCCCGGAGAACAGAUGCUCCUGGAGACGGGAGCCUGAUGCUUCUCUUACCCUUCUCUGGCGGGGUCCCAUCCACUGUAGCGGAAGGGUUGCCUGAACAAUAGUUGAAGCAGCCAUGCCUGUUUAUCAGUCACAGCAAUCCAUGUAGCCCCGUGGGCGUGAGCUGAAUAGUGCCAAGUUAGGAUCCGGCCUGUAGUUUGCAGGAGUCAGUGACAGAGAGAACUGAUGGGAACUGACCUUGCCUUCCUGAUGAGGAGGAGAGGCCUGCUAAACACCAGCCACCUGGGUCUUGAUGACACUCGGGUCUGCUCCAGAACUGAGAAGGAGUAUUGAUCCCAUCAGGACUGUAGCCGGCAUACAGCCACCUGCACAGUUGAGGCCUGUCCCUUUUUUUUUUGCCCUAGAAUAGCAGAGCAAGCUGACAUCAUGCUUCUGGUCCAAUAUCAGGGAUCCUUUUGUCGUGGUUUUCCUUUCUGUCUCUUCCUCGCGUUAGCAUCCAUCGUUCAGGGAUUACUUGCUGCCAUUCAUGCUUCGGACCCAUUUUACCAUUGAGUCCUUGGUUUUCACGCUUUUAGUUCGCUAAGAGGAAAGCAGGUUUGGUGUGGGUAGGCUGCCGCUGUCUUCUUUUUAACGCCUUUCUAGUUGGAGCAAAACAAGGAAUGCAGGUUGGAUGGUGAGAGGCUACUUCAGUUCAGUUGAUCUCAAUGCCGUAACUUCUCGACGCAUUUGAUUUCUUGUCUCUUUGAACUCACGUGCGGUAACCAGGCCUCCAAUGGAGGCGAUCUUGUGAAUCACACUUGAAGAUUUCUUUGUCGACUCGUGACUGUGGCUACUUGAAAUGAAGUUUUAUCUGGGGGUGAUUGACCAACGGUAGAUUUAACAAUGUCUCAAGGCAAUAGGAUUAAUGUGUAUUAAACUGUAGAUAUGACUAGUACAGUAAAUUUAUGCCGAUAAUUUUAUUUUGUAUAAUUUGCCCCUUUUUGUUUGUAUUUUUUCUUACCCUGUUUUUCCUCCAGUGUUUCGGUAAAUUUAUUUUUUAGGACACCUAAAAAAUCGCAAGUAUGGAUCCUCCUUUUUUUUUUUUUUUGUAUUUUAUUAUAAGUUACACACAACCAGCUGGUUUGUGAAAUGUAUUAUUCCUGAUAUCUUUAAAAUAUUGUGGGUGUUUUAAUAAAUUUUAUAUUUAUUUUUUGCACUCAUA